AUGCCUCCUCCUCCGAACACACCCCUCGGCCCGAACCCGGCCUCGGAUCUCAAACGGGGAUAUCAGACCGGUUCCUCCCCCGCGGCAGACGACGCGUCGGAUCCGACUCCCUCGAGGCGGACGGGUGAGAUGCGGCAGGAGGGUGACCGGCGCGAGCGGGCUGCCAUGGUUCUGGGGAGUUGGGAGCAACUGUCGUGGCACAGUCACACGUAUGGGGAGAGUAUCCCGCAGACGAGGCUGAGGCUCGAAAAGAUCAUGAAUGGACUCGAGGCUGGAAGCGGAGAGGAGGAGUGGGAGGAUGAGGGAGAGGGUGACGAGAAGGGGAAGGAGAGGGAGAGGGAGAGGGUGGAGAAGCAAAAGAGGAUACGCAGGACUGAGGGGAAUGCCAGGAAAAGGACAGCUGGGAAUGGUUAG